AUGGAAACACAACCAACAGUUAGCCAUACGACUGAAACCCCUCACGCUGCAACUACCAGUUUUCCAACCACUAGCCCUGUAGCCCCUGCAGCCCCUGUAGCACCCCAACCAGCUGUCAGCCUGGUAGGUAUGGAACCAGUUAGUGCUACCGAACACAACCCAUUAGAUGACGUACACACUGAUGAAGAAGUCGUAGAUAUAGCUCAUUUAUCUGAUGAUGUUGUUGCUGAUUUGGCCGCCUUACCUGAAGAACACCCUACAGAAAUGAGUUCUGAAGAAACUACAGAAAUGCAAGCUGAUUCUGCUGAAACCACAGAAAAUGCAGAAAGUUCAGAAAAUGCAGAUGAAACCAUCUCAGCACCACCUAAUCUGGAUGAAAUGUUCAGCGAAGAAUCCAUUAGAAAAUUAAGGGAAUCCAUUGAAAACUCCCCAUGCUACCAACGUAGAUUAGCUGCCUACAGAGAACAACAAGAAAGACUUGGAAAAUCAAUCGAUAUUGGCCCAUCCUCAAAUAUGAUAUCUCCAAUAUACAAGUUACAAUUCUUCGGAAGCUAUGUCAAGGGAAUGAUUCAUUUAAUACAAAACAACUACGUAAUGUUGUUGCUCAUUGGAUUGUUCUUAAUGAACGGUGUGUUGUUUUAUAACUACUAUAAAGGUGCCUCAUGCAAGAAAAAAUCAAAGGAAGAAAAACUCAAAAAAAAGAUGAAACAAAAAUGUAAAAAACUCGAAGAAAGCGAUGAGGUAGUCGAAGCUUAA